CACGAGUAUGGAAAAUGAGCCGUAUCAAAGCCUAAUCAAUAUGAUAUCAAAGCCUCUUGACUAAGAUGUCACAGAUAUCUCUGCCAUUUCACUAACCUCCUUUCUUCUUACCAAAGUUUCUACUGAAUUAAUCUUCAUGGAAAAAGUGAAGAGGCAAGGGGCCGGCGAAACAGGGGCCAACGCCGCUGACUCCUUUAAGCGGCGCAGAAUGUCGGCGAUUUCCGAAGGCGCCGCCCAGGCGGAAGGCGGCGGAGAUACCAUGGCGUGGUUAAUCAUCGACGACGAGGCAAUGACGGAGCUAUCCGAGCUCCUGGACACGGCGGAGGUGCCGCCGCAUGACGAGGGUUUCAGAGUCCGCUUCAUCGACGAUCCCUAUUCGCCGCCGGUGCUCUUCCGGUCGACGGCGUACGUCACCAUCGACGUGAACGAGGAGUCCUGCGGCUCCUCUUUCUCCGACUUGGAGUCGUCCGUGAUGGCCAGCAUCGACAUCGGCGGCGGCGCCGGAGGGUGGUUGAGGAGGGAGAACAGAUGCGCGUGGGGUAGCGACGCGGGCGCGGCGCGUGGGUGGGUGGUGGAAACUGAUUUUCCGGAAACGGAAACACCUACCGUCAAAGAUAUGGACGAGCGCGACGGGUCAUGCAUUUGGGUCAACGGCGCGGGAGAUGACGACUCAAUUUGGGAGAACUUUCUGGGCGAAAUCUGAAAAGUUAUUACUUCUUCUUUUGCUUUAGUGGAGGGGGUCCUAUGUAAUUAGCAGAAAGUAAAGGGGUUACAUGUAAUUUUGUGGUUCUUUAGAGUGAUGUCAGGGUUUAGUGGAUUUUUGCAGGGGUUAUUUGGAAGUAGUGUGAUGUUGAAACUUGAAAAUGACGGAGAGGUCUCAAAAAGCAAAAUCAAGUUUGGGUAGGGAC